AGCCGAUUUUGAAUCGAAUUCCCAAAAUGGGUCUGCAAGACGAAGAGGAGCCGCCCCUCGCUGUAGCUAUCGACGACGGAAAUCCGCCGGUAGAAUUGCGCGGUAAUCAACACUCCGAUGCAUCGCAAGCUCCGCCGGUCGGCGUCACCGUCAUCACAGGAUAUCUCGGCGCCGGCAAGUCAACUUUGGUGAAUCACAUACUGAAUGGACAACACGGCAAGAGAAUAGCAGUAAUACUGAAUGAGUUUGGGGAGGAGAUCGGCGUGGAGAGGGCGAUGAUAAACGAAGGCGAUGAUGGCGCGCUCGUGGAGGAAUGGGUUGAGCUUGCUAAUGGCUGCAUUUGCUGCACCGUUAAGCACAGCCUGGUUCAGGCAUUGGAGCAUCUUGUGCAGAGGAAAGAAAGACUUGAUCAUAUCUUGCUAGAAACCACAGGGCUAGCAAACCCUGCACCGCUAGCUUCCGUGCUUUGGUUGGAUGAUCAGUUGGAAUCUGAUGUCCGGCUUGAUUCGAUCAUCACCGUUGUGGAUGCCAAAAACCUUCGGUACCAACUCAAAUCGCAUGAUGAUUCGUCUUCAUUCCCUGAAGCUUAUCAUCAGAUUGCUUUUGCGGAUGUUGUGAUUCUUAACAAGAUUGAUUUGGUCUCCUCGGAUGAUUCGGGAGCAGCCGUGGAAGAUCUAGAAAAGGACAUACAUAAUAUCAAUUCGCUUGCGCAGACUAUUCGCUCGGUUCGCUGCCAAGUUGAUCUGUCUGUGAUUCUCGACUGCAGGGCUUAUGAUUCUAAACACACUACUCAUUUGGAGGCACUCUUAAAAGAAAGCAAAGCUCUAUCCACCGGUGACAUCCACGACAGUGGUGUAAGAACCUUAUGUGUUUGCGCGUCUGACAAACUCGAUCUUGAGAAGGUUAGGAUUUGGAUCGAAGAGAUUCUUUGGGAAAAGAAAUACGGCAUGGAUGUCUAUCGUUGCAAAGGAAUUCUAAACAUUGGAGACUCAGAUCAGCUUCAUACACUUCAGGGUGUGAGGGAAGUAUAUGAGAUUGUUCCAAGCCGCAAUUGGAAGGAUGGGGAAGAAAGAACGAACAAAAUUGUAUUUAUAGGUCAUUCUUUAACUGAAGAGGUUCUGAUGAACACUAUGAAAGCUUGCACUGUUUGAUGCCGCCAUGGAUAUGAUUUUUAAGUUCUUGAGUUGGUCAGGUCUCCAAUGUAACUCAGUAAUUUGACGCGACAAUAGUGUUUGAGACGUUAUUUGAAUUAUUAUAUUAUUUUCUUUUAUUUUA